CCGCGCUGGAGGCCCGCGCGGCGUCUGAGGGGGAGCCCGUGAGCGCGGGAGCCAGCUUCAGCCAGGAUGGCCUCGUCGUCGGGCAACGACGACGACCUCACCAUCCCCAGGGCUGCCAUCAACAAGAUGAUCAAAGAAACGCUCCCCAACGUCCGCGUGGCCAACGACGCCCGCGAGCUGGUGGUGAACUGCUGCACUGAAUUCAUCCACCUCAUCUCCUCGGAGGCCAACGAGAUCUGCAACAAAUCCGAGAAGAAAACCAUCUCCCCGGAGCAUGUCAUCCAGGCACUAGAAAGUUUGGGGUUUGGCUCAUAUAUCAGUGAAGUCAAAGAAGUCUUGCAAGAAUGCAAAACAGUAGCACUAAAGAGAAGAAAGGCCAAUUCACGCUUGGAGAACCUCGGCAUUCCGGAAGAAGAGCUUCUAAGGCAGCAACAGGAAUUGUUUGCAAAAGCUAGACAACAGCAAGCAGAACUGGCGCAGCAGGAAUGGCUACAGAUGCAACAAGCAGCUCAACAGGCACAGCUUGCUGCUGCCUCAGCCAGUGCAUCCAAUCAGGCAGGAUCCUCUCAGGAUGAAGAUGAUGAAGAUGACAUCUGAAAUUCACCAGCUGAAUUCGUCUUUGCUAAGAAAUACUUUUUCCUGCACAAUGAAAACAGUGAAAUGAAUGCUUACCUGUAAGUUUGUAUGCAUCAUGGACUGGCAAUUGGUAUUCUAGGGGUGUCUGCUGUUGUGUGCUGUACAUGUAUAAACUGUCUCUUUUUGAACUCUUGAAGAUUUAAGGUUCAGUAUCAUAUCAACUUCGGAUUUUUAAUGGUAUAUAUGGAAAUUUUAGAUAGCAUUGCAUCAUUUAUUUGAUCAAUAAACAGUGUUACAAUAAACAAGUUUAUAAACUACAGUGAGAUUUAUACAAAAAGCUCUAAAUCCACAUUUGAAUUUCUUCCCUUUUAACUAAACUAUAAAAUCUUACUUAGAAUUUUUAACUGUUUUGGGGGUGGGGGAGUGGUACAGUAGCCAGUAAACUCUUAAUGGGAAAAAAGCAGAGUUCAGCAUAGUAAAGUCUGAAUUCUUACUUUUUAAAAUGAGGAUGUAUAUGGCAAUAAAUAUUAUAUAUGCUCAAAUACCACACUGUUAAAAUUUGAAAAAGAUACAUUUUCACCAAGUUAGGGAAAGGUAUGUUUAAGAGGAGUUGUACAAAUUCAGUCAUUUUUUUUGUAUAGGGGUGGAAAAAAACCCGUGGUUUUAUUAUGACAUCCUUUGACAGUCCUAACUGAGUAUUUCACUACAAAGACUGACUGGUUUGAAGAACUAACUCUUCUAUUAUUUCACUCCAGUUUAAUGUUAACCGUUGUUGAUGGUAUUUCGUAGUCCAGAACUAUUCAUAUUGUUGAAAUGUAAAGCUGGAACUUGGCGAAACAAAAUGGGUGUAGUUCCACUGAUGUAUCUGGGAAUGAUUUAAAUAUUCACGCCUAAGAUGGCAAAAGCUGAAGCUAAGAGCAUGCUUACUAUAAAAGAGGGAAUUUAUUUAACCUUGAUUAGUCAUUGUUGUCAGCGUAUCGCUAACAUUCUCCAGACUAGGUUGCCACUGGAUUACUAAAAUACCUUGUUGAAAGAUAACAUUUUCUUCCUUCAAAUUGGUUCAUAGGUAAGUCCAGGUUUUUGAUUAAACUGUUCCCCGAGAGUGAUCAACAAUACAUGGAACAGAAAUGAUGUAGUAGUCCUUUUGAUAGUUGAUUUGAAACUUCUGUUGAUUAAUGGAUGAGCAGCUGUUCUUUGUGUUGGAAUAAAGCACAGUAGUGUCCAUUGCUGAGUUUUAAUGUGUUACUUGAAGUAAUACUGGCAUAUCUUCUGGUACACUAAUCUGAGCAGACUAGAAAAGCCACUUGCAUGCUGCUGUAGAUGAUCCCAUAGCUCUCUAACGAUGUGGAUUGUUUCAUUAGCUGGUGUCCUCUGCAAGUUGCUGUAGUUAGAAUUCUUGAGGAGGGCUGCAGCAGUCUGUUUACAUAAGAAUGCAGACAGAAAGUGAUGUUCCCAUUUUUACAUGGAGAUCUGAACAGAGUACAAUUGGCAUAUUCGCAUCUCAGUCACAUAGUGACUUCUGGUUUAAAUUGGAGAUAAAUAGAAUUGCAUAUUGUAUAAAUGUGAACACUUCCUUAAAUGCAUUGAUGCAGUGGAAACUCAGAAAAGUAUUGGUUUGAAUGCUUAUGUUUAAACAGGAAAAACAAAACAAAAAACCUUUCAUGGCUACUUUAUGAAAUGCAUUUGGCAAGAUUCAGCUGAGGAAGUGGUUUUCUGUAAAGGUUUAAGUACCAAAGGUAGAAAAUCUAGUCUAGUGAUAAAAUGUUAAUGUGCAGUGUUGGCUUUUCUAACUUGUACUGUAACACCUUCACACUUUCUAUUUUAAAUGAGUCUUUUCCUUUUAAAUACUACUAGAUAUGUUUUCACACCUUUCUUUUCUGAUGCAGAAUUCAGGUUAACAUUUUACUGCAUCUGGUAUGUAUGGUGUAAUAUGUUUGGAUCCUUGUGACCUUUCUUUUGGACAUUCUUGUGCUUUUUCAUAUGCUGUAUUCUUCAAGCAAUAAAAUUCUGAUGUGUUUUUAUAAAAUUG